AUGACAAUUUCUAAUACCGGCACCACGGCGGCCAUCGCCCGGGACGGCGCGGCAGGGCUCAUCAGGAGCACCGUGGACGCCGUGACCAACCUGCCUGGCAUCGAUACGACGCGUGACAUUAAGACGCUCACCAUCACCUUCGCACCCGAAGUCAACCGCACAGCGGACGGCAAGGAAACCGUCGUGGGUUACACCUUCUCCGAGACGGUCAAGAUCUCAGUGGCUGGUCUUCUAUCCGGCCUCAUGUCGAGCGUGAUUGACACAGCGGUGGGAAAGGCAGGCGACGCCCUCCGGAUCAAUGGGGUCACCUUGUCCAUCUCCUCCGAUGCCAAGAAGGAGGCCAUGGCCCAGGCACGGCGGGCGGCGGUCGCUGACGCGCUGGCGACGGCACAACUCCUGGCGUCGGCUGCUGGGGUCAAACUUGGCGCGCCAAUGUCCAUUGUCGACAGCAACAACGGUUUUUCAGACGCGGGGAAUGGGACCAGCUGUGGUGCGCAAGGGUAUCAGGCGAGUGCGGUCUCCCAGAUCGAGACAGGUGUCACGGAGGAGGGUCCGGGAGGCCGGGGAGCUGUGACUGUACAGGUCGACAAGGCCGUCGCGGAGCGCUUCGAGGCCGCCCUGGACAAGCAUCACACCGAGGGCACUGUGAGCGACGUCAACACCGGGGAAAACAAGCACAAGAGUGGGAUGGAGCCCGCCAACGAGAGAGUCCGUGACAUGACCGAGGUCGCCAAGGCCAAGGUGUCCUCCGACGACCAUGACACCCGGAAGCCGGAGGUCGGGUUCCCCGACGACAAGUGA